GGGGUACAUAGGUGUUGUAUCUAUGUGUUGUAUUAUGGGUAAUAUAUAGUGUUGUUUUUAGUUGAUUCGUUGAAAAAGUAAACUUCAUAAUAAUUAUUAUACGGUUAGUAUAGUACUUAGUUUGUAAAGUUAGUGUCUUCAAUUGUUACACCUAUUUUUAAUGCAAUAUAAAUAUAAACAACCUCCGUGAAUGCCUGUCUGUGUUGUGUGUGAACGCCGUUUCAUUUAUCAACUUCAUUGAAUGUUUACUGUUUUAUUUUGUUGGUCGUUGAACGUAUUAAACCUGUGUUCGUGAAUAUAAUAAAAGGGCAAAGACAGCAGCUUGUUUUACCACUUUCAUACACUGCAAUGUCUGGAAGUCUUGUGCAAUGAAAAACCAGCUGCAUAUCUAAUUUGAAGAUGUGCGAGCAGACGCCGUUCAGCUACCAGUCGGGGCAGGUGGUGUGGGUGAAGCUGGGCUCGUGCUGGUGGCCCGGCGAGGCGCGCGCCUAUGACGAGCUCCCGGAGGACGCCAAGACAAGCUUCAAGAAAGUGCCAGUCGCCGUCGUGCAGUUCUUCCAAGAGGAGAAAUAUGAAUAUGUAAGGAAUUAUGACCAAGUCUGCCUGUACAACUGCAGGCGGAAAAAUGAAUUCAUUCAAAAAGGACUAGAAAUGUUGCGAAAACAUAAAAAUGAACAGUUCAUGAACAAGUUUCCCAGUGACGUGAUUCGAGCUGAAGAGCUCACAAACGGGGAUCCCAACAUCAUCAAAAAAUUCCAGUCAAUGCCUGAUGAACGUCCAGACUACAAUGUCAUUUUUGGCAAGAACGGAAAGUCACCGCGUAAAGGGCGGUCACCAAGCAAGUUCAAAAGGAGGUCAUUGCCAGCGAGACGAAAAAUAGAUCUUAAUGUUCUCGUGCCAGACAACAGAAUACUGUUUGGAAGGCGCUCCGUUGAUUCUGUUCUCAGCAAGCCAGAGGAAGAUCACAAGUUAUUCAUAAGAGUUCAGCCUUGCCCAGAUAAAGAUUAUAUAAGUACAACUAAUGUCCUUCCGACCGAGCAGACUUACUCAUGUUUCUUGUGCGACUUCAAAACAAAGCGGUUAGAGGGCUUUAUGGCGCACAGGAAGAGUCAUCUGUCGUCAACAUAUGGAGCCCCCCGGCCUCAGACGACCACCCCCAAGAGGAGCAGGAAGAAGACAGACAGUGCUAGCAGCAAGAAGAGAACCAGCUACCCACCAUCUGCCACCUCACGGUCAAGAGCCAACAAGAAAAGUCUCUCUUAUACGUCAAAAUCACCAAACACUAAGACUGAAGUAGCUCAACUUGAAUUGUCGAAACCUGAUGAUUCAGAACCAGUAAAAACUAGCAAGGCUAGUCACAAAAAGAAAGUUGUGGCUAAGGAACCUGAAAUCCCAGAAACAAAGUCUUUGAUAAAGUCACCCAUCAGCCAGAAGAAAGCACCCAGAAAAAGGAAGAACGAAGAUGUUAUUAAAACGCAACUACUCGCAGAUUGGGAUGAUGAAGAUCCCACGCUUCUUCAGCAAGAGGAAGAGAGGAUCAAGAAGAAGUGCAAGGCAUCAUGUUUUGACUUUGAUGACUCUGCAGACUCCAUCUUGGAUACAGAACUUGAAGAGCGUGCAAAUAAAUUUGCAAGAACAAGAAAUAUCCCUAUAAUCCCAAAACCCGAGUCUGGUUCCAAGAGGCAGCGUUUAGAUGAUUUACCUUCCACAUCAAAAAACACACAGUCAUCGAAGAAGAGGCCUUUUGAGGAAACUUUUAGACGAAACAAGAGGUCGAAGAGCAAUGUGGUUGACCCAAAUGAAGAAGAGGCCUAUACAAAGCUCAUGCUUGGUGAUGCCGUUCCUGAAUAUGAGCCUCUCCUAGAGUCUUUGGCUAUGCCGUGCUCAGAUAACAACAAUACGCUUGUGGAGGGAGGGCAAGAAGAGGUGAAACUGAAUGGCCUUGAAGCUAGUCGGGAAGCUGAUGUGACUGUUUUGGAAUUGUCAGAUGAGUGUAACAGCAGAGAGAGCAUUGUGCACGUUAAUGAACAGGACAGUUCGGAAGUGGUAUUCUGUAACGAACAAGAGUUAAUUGGCGGCCAAGUUGAGGAGUCUGCUGAGCUCAUUAACGAUGAUGGUGACAUCGAGGAGAAGGAUCAAGGGCUGCCAGGCGAGCUGCAGGACAACAGCACUGAACCAUCGCCCAAACAGCAGACUGGAAGUAGUGAGUUGGAGAUGGCCAGACACUGUCCCUUGCCAGAUGUCGUGGCAGAUGUUGCUCCAGUGGAGGUUGACUCCAGUGAAGCUCCAGGUAGCAAGGAAGAUUGUGGACCAGAACACGCAGACAUGGCAAAUUCUGCAGAUGUAACUGAGAGUGUAGCCAUUGUUAGCUGUGAUGGUGAAGCAGAGAAUAUUGAGCAUUCCAGUCAGUCAGAAAUCAAAAAAGAUGAUGAUGAAGAUGAUGAUAUGCCAGAAUUAAUAUGUGUGGAACGUCGUGCUUCCCGUAAAACUGUCUUCUUUAGUGGUGAAUAUGGCGAAGGCAGUGACCAAGGUGAGAGUGUAAGCAGUGCAACCACACCAGAGAUUGAAGAACAAGUAGCAAAGCAAAGCGAUGAAGUAGAAGCUAGGGCUCCUGGUCCAAAUGAAGCAUCAAGUCAUGAGGAGGCACAACCGCCCAUGUCUGUACUGGCAAGUAAUGAGAUUGAUGCAUCCAGUUCAAAAGAGUUGUGUGGUCCCAGCAUGCAGGUAUGCGUUGAUGAGGUUGAAGCAGGUUUGCUACGCACCUACAAUAAUGUUACACAUGUGAAUGAAGAAACUGGAGAGAACGUUCUGGAGGGAGAAAAUUCUGAAGAAAUUACAAUAAUUGGGUUCAAAUCUGGUACCAUCAAGGAUUUAAAAGAAAUGGACGAAAACAUGAGAGAAAAAAGUACUACAUCAUCUUUAGGCUUGUCUCAAGAAGGUAGUGCAGCCGGUGACGUGCCAGAAUCAGCCGAAGUUGCUGCAAGUGACACUCGUCACAUCACUGAAUUCAGUGAUUCUGAUAAUGCAUUAAUAAAGAUACUCGAUGGUUCUGCAGAUGAUGACAAAUUGGAUGGUGAAGAAAUUCAUGUAGUGGAAGGAUCUCUUCCUGCAAACGAGGAAGAAUCACUUUCUAAUAAAGAGGAAGACCCAUACUCCUCGAAAGUAGGAGAUAUUUCAAAAGUGGAAGUGUCUCGUGAUGAAAUAGUGGCAGAGUGGUCAGAUGAGUUUGAAGAAGAUAAUCAUGCUGCCCCAACGAGAGAGAGAGCCAUAGAGGUGAUUGAUUUGGACAAGAGUGAAAGUGAGAGUAAUGAUGGGGCUGAGAAGGAGGAAGACACUGCAGCUGACCCCGAGGACACGAGCACCGAGGAAACAAUAAUGGAAAUGGAAGAGGGGAGAGAUGCGGUGAUGUCAAAGACUGUUCUCGCCACGGACGCGGGGAAGUAUGAGGACAUGGAGCUGGACAUCAACUCCAUGCCUGUGGUGGUGGAAGACGCGGUCAUCAAGGACGACAACGGCGCUAGCUAUGGCUGCGUGCCUCCGAGCACCAGCCACAUCUCUGUAGUGGGGACCUCGGCCUCUGCGUCGCUGCCCCCUGCCACACUGCUCCUCAGCUCCGCGACCACUCCUGUCAAGACGCUGGCCAACAACAUAGUCAUCGUCUCGAGCCAGAGCUGCCAGCUGCCCCUGACAGCGAAGGGCAUAUUCACCACCCCACACAGCAAAGUAGUCAUAAUGCCGAGGGCGGCACGAGGCAGGAAGCUGGCACCAGUGCUUGUCGCCAACUCCAGUGGCCUUACCACCCGCAUGUGCACCGAGAGCGAGCAGGAAAGCUUCUUCAAGGAGGGUAGGAAAACUCUUCUGCAGAGGGUUAGGCCAAAAAUAACCUUACAGCCCUCGAAAACAAAGCCAUUGUUGCCAAACAUACAGAAGAGCAUAACCGGUGCGGAAGCAGCUGGCGUGAAAAUCAUACAAAGUAAAAGUGUGGUGUUGCCUGGAACAUCGCUCAUUCAUGCCUCGUCGUCUGGCGUGACGAGAGCCCUGAAAGUGGAUCCCACUGGACUGCAGAGUGUGGCUGUGCAAGGAACACUGCCGAAGAUCCUGGUUGGUUCUGGCGGCACACAGACAUUCCUGCUGCAGAAGAGCAUACCGAAGCUCACUUCAUUAUCUUCCAACACCAACCCACAGGGCUCCAAAAGGGUAACCAAUUUUUUUCCUUUGGUGAAAGGCAGUGGAAUCAAUUCCAAACAGGUGGUGAUCUCUCAGCCUAGCAGAAAGCCUCCCAAAGGGCAGGCGGCCGGUUCGUCCAUGCAGUUGGUGGCGGCAUCUCAUCUGCAGCCUCCCAAAAAGGCAAGGCAGGCAUUCUCGUACCAGGGCUCCAAGGCUGUGCCCACUACCACCAUAGAGAUAUCUGUGUGCGGGGCGCAGCCGGUCGUGGCACCAGCCUCAGCCGUGCAGCGUAGCACGAGCGCGUCCUCCAUCCCCAGGAUCCCGUCGUCUGCCAUCUUGCCGGGUGCACCUGCAUCGACGACGCCCAUCGUGGUGGGCGCACAGGGCUCCCCCUCCUUCGUGCUCAUUGUGGACCCCGGCGAUGCCCAGCCAUGCCGCGCCGCGCCGGGCCAGGACAUCCUGGCGGCGGCGCUCGCCAACACAGAAGUGUUCACCCCAGAGGCAUGCCUGCGCGACACGCUGGCUGUGGCGAGCAGUACACAGGCUGUGCUGCCAGCCGUGCCCCCCGCUGGACCCCCCCUGGUGCUGGAGACACCUGCGCUCACUGAGCCCAUCAUGACGCCCCAGGAGGUGCCGUCGCGCGUGCAUGCUGUGCAAUGCCCCUCCAUGCCACUGCUCACGGACCAGGAGAGGUAACUGCCUCUGCCCGCUCCACACCGUGUUGUGUCUGUACUUUCAUCUGUUUUACUUUGUAUGUGCGUCUUUAAAAUCAUUUUAUUUGUUUGAUGAGAGAGUGUGAUUGGAAUGCUAAAACAAUGUGUUAUCAUUAGGGAAAUAAGUACUGUAAAUUUAAGUGAGUUCAUUUUUUUUAAAUUGUUUAAUAGCUAAUCAUAUAAAUGAAACAGGCAAGAAAAUGCCAUAAUGAAAUGUGUACAACACUUCUGCAAUAAGAACUGAUUUCACAUACUUAAUAUUCCCUUUUAAGCUUUGUAAGUCUCUAGAACUCUGCCAUAGAGAAAAUGUAAAUAUAAACUUACUGUAUUUACCCAAUAAAAGUAACUAUUUGAUGUACCUCCAGUGGAAAAAAAACCCAAGGUGAGUAUAUAUAACUAAUCGUCUUCUGUCUUGUCACAAUUUGAUUAUCAAUAUCAAUCUGACUUUCACCACAUUAUUCACAAAUACCAUAUUCAUGUUAACACUUACUACAUAUACCUUUUUUUUUUCUCUCUCUUUUAAAUUAUAUUGAGGUGUGAGAAGUUGACGAACUAAAUUAACAAAUCUGAGAACCAAGACUGAGGAUUCCUCUGUUGUCACCACGAAUGAAAGUUUAUGUAAAUACAUCGGAUAAAAAAUCAAGAAGACGGUGCACAUACAGUAAAAAUUAUCAGUAAAAUUUAGAGUUUUUUUCUUAAAUAAUAAAUUCUUUCUUUGUAAAUAGUUACUUUUUAUUUGUUGUACGAAAAUUAAAGUGAGAUGCAGAGACUAUUUGCCGAAAAGGUUGGCUUUUGGAUGAGUUUUAUACCAUGUGCUUCUACAUUUAUUUUUGUGUUAGUUUUGCAUUCCUAGCAUCAUUAUGCUGAUCACAAUAAAUUAUUAUAUAUAUAUAUUUUUUUUACUGCUCAUUGCAUCAAAGAAAGCCUUUUAAAUGUAUUUACUGUGAAUAUUAUUAACGUACAUACAAACAGACAUAAAUAAUUAUAGCCAUGUGUUAAAACCUUCAGUGUGUAAAACUUUGCCACAUUGUUUUUAGUCUCGCACAAGUGUUCUGUUUUACAUUGUUGUUACUUGCAACUGAAACAGUUGCAAGUGAUGUAUCAAUUUAAAUUCAAGGUUAAUUUACAAAGGACACAGAUAAAUUUGUUAAGAUUCUGUGUUUUAUUUGAAAAUUCAACAUUUGUAUGUUUACCAUAAGAAGUUAUUGUUGACUUUUUGUGGGACAGUAAACAUGUACAUACGUAAUAUUAAGUUGUGUUAAAAAGAUAUGAUUGAUAACGACGUACUUUUUGUUGAGAAGCUUUGAGUUUAAUUAAUAUUCUUAAAAAUCUCUGUGAAACUAAUUUAUUCUGCUGUUGCAAAGACUACACUUCCCUCAUUAAUAUUCUCAUUCAUAAUCUUUUCCUUAAUGAUUCAUUCCAAACCAAUAUAACCUUUGUGAGUGAUAUUUGUGAGCUAGGAAAAAAAUUGGCAUAAGUUUGGGUAAAUACUGUAAGUUGCAGCAUUAUGGGUUACUUGAUUAUUGUUUUAAGUGUUAAAUUCUCUUGUAAAUGUGUAUCACAGAAACUUAUAGUUCAUAAGCUUUAAUGAUCAGAAUUUAUGUAUUGCUCCUUCCUUCCUGCCUAUGAAUAUGACUCAAUUUUUGAAAGUAAACUUAUGUAAAAAUGGGUUUUGUGACAACAUACAAAAAACGAGAUGUAAGGUCCAAUCAUGCAAACAUGAUCCAUGGUUAUCAGUAUCAUGUCUCAGCUUGUGUUGUAUCAUGUACAUUUUCCCCAUGAUCAAAGAAUGGAUAACUGAACAGUCUUCAUUCUCACUAAAUUGUUUUGUUGCAAAUAAAAUUCAAUGUUGUAAUAUUUAGAUAAAAAAAUUUGAUUUUAUUGGCAUCUUGGAUACCAGAAAAAACUUUUGUGAAGCAAGUUAAGUGAGUAAAAGAAUUUGAGAUAAAUUCAUACUUUAUUUGUGUAGCUGCUAUUUCAAAUCAGUGAAUCAGUUUUUCUAAUUUAAUGAUUAUGACUACUUACCUUAUUGGUUACAAAUAUAUUGCAAACAAAACAUAAUAUGCGAUGCUAACAAAGUGGAACAUUAUCGAAAAGUAUGUUUUGAAAAAAAUAUACGUAAAAAUGCAAUCACCCAACAAGGGUGUCAAACCGAGCCUUAAUUUCUCUGGAGAUUGUGAGUAAAUUUAAUCACAGCAUACUCCUUUUAAAAAGUUGCAAUUUAAACAAGUUUUGAUGGUUAAUAUUUGAAAAUAUUAAAGUUCCAUGAGAAACUUUUGAACUGAGUUUUACUAUAUUAAGUAUCUGUGAGAGUGUAUGCUGGAUUGGAGUGUGAGUGUGUGACACACUCACACAUACACUCAUUUAAGUGGAAGCUACAAAAAUUUUGUUGAAGAAAAAUAUUAAAACCACUUUUUUUGACUUUACUACGUUACAAUCAUGUGCAUAAAAAUACUAGCAGUAAACAAAACUGGUAAGAGUUGUGUAAAAACACCCUUGAGCAUAGCCUGCAGAUAUUUGCCAAUCUUAUAUUGGAGUGCAAUAAUUUAUACACAGUAUUUCAGUGAACAAACAAAAUUAACUUACCAGUGGAAUUACUUACAUUUGUAAACAUUUCAAAUAAUUUUUUUUACUCAAAGCUACCUUAUAUAUUUUUUUUAUUCAUUCAGUUUAUCUUGUGUCAAGAAGUGCAGCUGUAAUGCAAUGUUUUUUUUUUUAAAAGUACAUACAUAGUAAUUUUGAAGCAAGAUUAUUUUGAGUAACUAAAUUAAUAUCGGUCAUAUAUCAAUAUAUAGGAUGUUACUCUCUUGAUCAAUGACCAAAAAGCCAAUAUUAUGUAUUUAUUUCAAUAUGAAACUUUUUUUCUGGUUAUAAUUUCGUAAUCAGAUUGUUUAUAAAUGUUACCUACACAGAUUUAUAAUAGUUUUUCCUUUUUUUUUAUGAAUUCAGAUUAUGACUCAUUGCAGUUUUAGCUUUUAUUUUGUAAAUAGUUAAUUUUUAAAUUAUCUUAAGAAAUUUUAAAAUAAAUCUUCUGUGAUUUGAACUAGUGAUGUGUGGGUCCCGAUUCUCUGUUCAACCGGUUCUCGACAAUACAACUGGCACCAAGAACCUCCGGGUAGCCAAACCUUUCCCCGGUUAAAGUACAGUUGACUUCUGGUAAGAUGACAUUGUCUUGCACACCUGCACACAGACACUUCUUUCUGACUUCCCUUCAAGCUGCCAAUUUACAGAUACUAUCUGCACACAUGAAAGUAAUGAUUAGUAAAUCUGAAAAUUGCCAUAGCACCAGUCCGCCCAGAUGGAAAGAUAACGCCUUGGGUGGGAAUUGUCUGCUUCUAAUGAACUGCAGGAUUUGCUACCACCCCUUUUGUAGCCUUACAGCAAUAUAUCUCGACCAACAAAUCAUGUGUGUGUAUCCCCUUUAACAGACCUCAGUUAACUAAGAAGGAGCAAUCCCUUGUCCAUUAUAAUAUAUACCUAAUUCAUAAUUGUUUUGGUUUGUUGCUACUGUCAUAUUAGAUUUAAUAUUUAUUAUUAACUAUCUAAUGUCUGGCAUGUGUUGGAAUGACUCAUUCCAUUUUUUUGUUACUUAUUUGAAAUAGGUACAGCUAUACAAAGCAUCUUUCUCUAAUUCUCUAUCUCUCUAUUUACAUACAUACAUAUAUAUACAUAUAUAUAUCCUAUAUUUCCCACUUUAUCUACUCUCUCUAUAUUAUAUAUAUGUGUGUGUGUGUGUGUAUACACUCACACAGGCAUAUAUAACAUAUGCGUAUUUGAAUGCACUUAUAUUUAUAAUUUAUUGUCUCUCUUGUGAACAAAUAUUUACCUUUAUCUCAAGUCAUUUUUCAUGGGUGUGCAUAAAUGAAAUUUUCUUAUAACAAAAAAAAGUUACCACACCUUACUAUCUAUUGCCGCACCACAAAAUAGAGGGCAUUAAACACCCUGCGAGACAGAUUUAGGUAGAUUGAGUGAUGAUAAGUCAUAUCAAACAAAUCAAGAUGCAAUCUAUCUGGACAUAACUGUAUCUUUGGUGUGGUGCAAAAUUGUGUGGAGGUAAUCUGGGAACUGAGAACUGAGAAAAAAAGUAGAACCGACAAAUCACUAGUUUGAGCUUAAGUAAUCAUAGUGUUAUUUUUUUGUUUUUUGUUUAGCUCAGUAUUUUUCAUAUGGAUUUGAAGAUGAUAGUUUAUUUCACUGUAAUGUAUUUUAUCAGUACAAUAAUUGUAAUUCAUGGUUUUUUAAAACAGUUAAAGGACAGUUUUUAAUUCUAGCAUGAAAUUAAAUAAUGUAUUCAUGUGGUAUGAAUUUUUUAAAUCAACCAUUAUUAUGUUGCCUUUGUUAUAAUAUUGUUUCAUUUGGUUUCUUAAAAUCCAAGAAAUCAGAAUUUCAGUUAGUCUGCUGCUGUUGAAGUAGUAAGUCUUAGAAAAAAAUUUCAAAGCAUAUUAUAUAUCUCUUGGACUGUAUGUAGCCUCUACUUGCACUCAACAUACAAAUACCUUCUGUUGUUUGUUUUUUUAACCACUUGUUUGCCUUUCAGUGAAGUCAGAAUGUUGCACACGUAUGGUGCCUCUGUGACACCAAAUAUUUUUAUCUGACGAGUAAAACCUUAACUUAAGAUGUGUUAGAACUAAGCACAUCACAAAAGUUGUCACUUAAAUGUUGUGUGCCAAAUUGCAGUGUGUAAAAUCCACUUCACUGUUUCAUGGUGGUUGUGGAUAAAAACCUUCAACACAUCUUUGUAGAAACUUGAGUAUGCAAAUACUUAAACAGUAGCAUUAUGGUGGUGCAAAUUAAAUACCUACUUGUCAUGUGUUUCACAUUUUAAUACUUUAUUAUUUUCAACUGUUUAUUUAUCUGCAUAGUCAUUUGGAAUUGAUUAGUGUUUGAAACAGUUUUUACAUUUUGUUCUGUUAGAAAAAUAGCACCUUAAUGUAUAUUUUAUUAUUUUACUUUACUGUUUUAUUGCUUCUUGUUUUGUGGCCAAUUCUGUGUACAGUGUACAUAUUUUAAUGUUUUGUUGUAAUUUAGUGUGGUACGUGUAAAGUGUAUGAUAAUAGCAGUGAAGCCUGUUUUUAUUUGUUACAUGUGAUGUAAGUCAUGUUCGGUGUUAACAACUAUGGACAGAACUUUUUCAUUCACUUGUGACAUGACAGUUUUUUGAGUUCUGUACUGGUUUUCUUUGCACCAGUUUACUGGGUUACUGACUGUUUCAUGAGACUUAAAAAAAGAGGCUUUUUUUUACAAUGAUUGUUUCUAACCAAGGCAGCUAUUGGCACUGCAAGCAAGUUUUGAUGAGUGUUUUUUCUUGAAAGUGGAAUAUUUCUUUUUACAGUGGAUACAGUGCAGUAAUUGCCACCUGAAAAAUUUUAUAAACAAAGUGAUAGUAAUAGUAUGUGAAAACAUAAAGUGUUUUGUUGGAGAUUCCAUCGUAGUUGAGUAGAGUCUCUUCGUGACUGUUGACAGUUUUGUCAUGUUGCAAGGCCUGCUGCCAGAACAAUCUUAACAGAAUCUUGUGUACGUGUACUUAAAAACAAGAAGUUUACACGCUGUAAGAUUUGUUUUCAGUGAUUUUGUAGUCCAUGAAAAUUGAAUGUGCAUGAUGAUGUAGUUUGAGUUCAAAGUGAUGUGUUAAUGUGUAGUUUUUUUUAGCUUCUUAUGUUUAACUCUUGAAUCAAGGAUGUGAACUGGAACUAUGGUGAGUUUAAAUCAUUUGAUUUUUGCAUGUAUUUAAAUGACUUCCAUCAGAUUUUUUUUAUACGGGAAGUUAACAAAAUUUUGCAUUUUUAGCACAUUGUAAUGCUGUCAUAAAAUAACUUCUUUUGUCACUACAUAUAGUUUUUAAGUAACAUGUAUCUGGAUAAGUGAGAAAUUAAGGUGCUCUGUUGGAACAUUAAUUAUCUUCACAGCUCUUUUGUUUGUGUCCGAGUUGUAAUGCCUUUCUUAUUGAGAGAUUAAUCAUAGAGCAGGCAUACCACAUGACUUGAAUUGGCAGUGCUUUUAUCAUAUGCAUUGCCGCUCUGUUUGCCCAUGAAAUUACUUCUCUACGUAUAGUUCAGUGAAUCAACGUGAAUCUUGAUUGCAAUGUUUGGUAUAUAUCUGCAGCUUGAUUUCUUAAUAAAAACAGCCUGAUUCUCUUGUAAAAAGAUAUUCAGAAAAUGAAAUAAGAAUAGUGGCUUUAUUAUAUAGAUAGUUAAAUUUUAGACAAAUUUGCAGUAAAUGUGUAUGUGUGUGUGUAUACACACACACACACAUACACAUAUAUAUAACCUUUGUUUUUUGCAUGUGCACUGUAUUCCAGUCUGGCGUCUUAGCUACUGGUACAUUGGUGUGUGUUGAAUUGAGGGGAGGUGUUCAUGCACAGUAGGUUUUAAACCAAAUAAACUUGUUUGCAUUUCAUCCAGCUAUUAUAAAAAAAAAUUUUCCCAAAAAAAUUACGUAAGUAUUCAAUGCUUCAAUAAACUUGGAGGAUCUACAUUUGAGGGAUGUGUUUGGUAAGGAGUUGAAAAUGUAAUUUUGAAAUAUUUUCAUUUAGAUGUUUUUAGUAUCAUUAUGUCAUUGUGAUAUUUCACAAAAAAAUUUCUUUCAUUCAUUCUACCAUAAUCAUAGAAAACAAUGUUUUCUAACAGUUAAAUAAGUAAAUUAUUAUUUAUGUCAAUAUGUUAUAUGAGUUUUUUGCUGAAAAAUGUAUUGCUACAAUUGUCAAAAAUUGCAUAAAAUGAUUUAUUUAUGCAUGACAGUUACUCAGUUACUGAUAAUUAAAAAAAUUAUCUUGAAUAAAGUACAAGAUUUUGCCAUAAAAAUAUAUUACAUUAGUUUUAAAAUUUUAAUUAUUAUUUAUAAAUUUGAACUGAUACGUGAACCUAAAUUGUAAUUGCUCUUAGUAAGUAUACUUUUUAAAAUUAAUGUGUAAUAUGUUUACAAUAAAAUCUUUUAUUAUUAUUUUGUUUUUGAUGAAAAAUGUUUGAAUCUAUAAAUGGUGAACACAGUCACAGCAUUCUCACAUUCUGAGUUAAGUUAAUGGCUUGUUUACUAAAGACCCGGCCACAAUCAACAUAGUAUUAACACAUAGGUAGUUAUAGCGAUAAGCACUUUCACAACACAAGACUAGUACAGCAGCUUGGUUACAGCAAACAUAAACUAAACCCCAUUCUUUUGUUUAAGCCUUGGAAAAAUUAAUGGUGCUGUAGUUUGUUAUUAUAACAUAAUAAAAUACAGCACAAGAAUUGCAAAAUUAAAUGCAGACUUUUUUUUCUCCUUCAUGAAAUGGGGAACUGAUAUUUAGCAACACGCACAUUUUCUUAUUUAUUAAAAUAAGUUCUCAAAUUGCGAUGUUCAGAGCUUCUAAUUGGCUGAAAACAUAACAUGGUUUUAAUAAUAACAUAGUAUUAGGCAAGAGUUAAACUCCUACCUAAUACUAAUAUUGUGCUUGGUAAAUGCUUAUCUAAAUGUAUCAUGAUUAUAGCUAGUCAGAUUGAAUCACACAUAUUUAUCUAUUAUACAGUGUUGUGUCAGUGAAAAACUUAUUUUGAUUUUGGUUGGGCCUUUAAAGCAGCGCCCUUGCCAAAUACUAAUUGGUUUUGUGUAGAAACAAAAAUUGGUAAUCUUUGAUUCGUCCACAUAAUUAGGCUCAUACCAUAGAUGAAAUAUUUUAGGCUUUGAUGUUUGGAAAAUACUAGUGCUGAAACCAUUGAUGUAGGUACAUUGGAUACAAUUGUGUGUUCAUUUCCAGGACUGUUAUUGAUGGUGUAAUAGUGUAGGCAACAUUGUGUUUGUUGCCGAAGUGAUUGUUACAAAGCUGUUACAUUGGUUUUUUUUUUUUUAAUUUAAAAGUUUUGGCAUUUCUGUUGUUUUAUACUUUAGGUUGUGUUAAAUUGUUUAAAAAAAUUUAUAACCUUAAAAUUAAAAUUGAGAGGAGGAAGAAGCUUAUUUGAAGCAGUUAAUAGACAGUCACACUACAGGUACUACCUUACCACAUGCAUAGCUUUAUAUGGAAGAGAGAAUUGUGUACUAGAUAUUAAAACAAUUUUUCAUUAAAUAUAGUUGUAAAAUUCUGGAUAAAAAUGUAAAUACCGACUGUUUUAGGAUGUUAAUAUUCAAAAGUUUUGUGCCACAAAAAAACCUUUGGCAGGUUUUUUUCUUCUCAUUUUUAUAUAUUUACAAAUAUCAUUUAUAAACAUUCAAGCUAACCAAACUAUUCAAUCAAAAGUAUUUAGUUUUUAAAUAAAAAUAUAUGUUGAAUCAAUCAUAAUUUUUCCUCAUUUUAUAAAAAUUUGUGGGGGUAUUGUUUUUUCACAUGAAUAUGGUGUAAUUUGACUAAUUUAAAUAAUGUUCCAGUUGUUGUGCAUGGGCAGUCAGGCUGUGUUGCUGGUAACUAAGCUGUGUACCUUAUAUUAUAUAGUUAAAAUAUUAACAGAAUUGAGAUUUCUAAAGAAUAUUAACACCAUAUUCUAAAAUCAACAAAAUUUAUUAGCAGGAAAUACAGAUUUGGUUUGUCAACUUUAUGCUAUCUUUGUCAAGAACAUACACUAUUGCUGGUAACACUUGUUAUAGAAAAAACAGAAGCGUGAACAACAAAGUGAAUACAUAAACAAUCUGAGGACAAGCUAAAUCCAACUGAUGUCUAUUGCCUUGACAGCUCAAAUAAUUUCUUGAAAGGAAUUUAGUCUGAAAAAUUGACAGCACAUACUAACUCGGAAGGCUGACAAAGACAAGACCAUUGUUACAAGAAUGGUAAAUAAAGAAAAACAAGAGCCUAAGACAAACAAGUUUUUUGUUUUUAUUGUUGUUUUGUUUAACAUUAUCUCAGAGAUAAUGUUAACUUGAGAUGUCUAGACAGGGUGCUAUAAAAGAUUUCAGAGCCCGAGCAUGGGUCUCAAACACAUUAGGAAUGCCGAAAAUAUUAAAUGAAUUUAAAGUAAUAAACAACAAAAAAUUUAUAUAUCUUUUUAAAUAUAUUUUGCAGAAAUUUACGAUAGUUACACUUAUCUCAUUACUUAGCCUCACGCCUUGGGUUAACAGGCCUUCAUACACAAGCUUAAAAGUAAUGCCUAAUGCAAUCUUAAUUAACACGCUGCAGUGCAAAAAAAUAACGAGCUAAAAAUAAACAUAAUGUAGCGCAAGGUAAUAGCAUAAUUAGUGAAUAAAAGAUUGUGUGUAUUUAUAGUGCCUCUAAACAAUAUUAAAAGAUUCCAAAAUAUAUUCCAAAAAAAUUAUAUUGCUUAGGCUAAAAUUGAAAAUUACUAUAUGACUCAUAAAAAAAAUACAAAGGAGCAAUAUCUAAAACUACCUAUUCUUAUUGUUUUUCUAAAGCCAAAAUAUUUCCUGCUGAAAAAGUGUAUUGUAGACUGGCCAUUAGGUCAUAAAAUCACUGAUGAAGAUGCAUAAGUUGGCUACCUCCAUAUUUCUAAACUUCGCACAAAAAAAUUUACGUCUCAUAAGGCCCGCAGCAGUUCUAUGAUCACGAGUGGUAUAAGUGUUGUUAAUGACUUUUGACCCACACUCCAAUGUUCGCACAUGAGCACAAUCAUUCACAUAGACAUCUUGUUGUGAUGCUUCAGUUGUGCAAAUAAAUUGAUGUCUUUAAAAAAAACUUUGUGCUCCGACUUCAAGUCUUUGCUUGAAUUUCAUUAGUUAUUUACAGUGAGCAAAAUAGCAAAUAACUCUUGGCUGCCUCGCAGCGCGCGAAAUCCAGUAAUAACUAUAGUCUCAUCCACUCAUGCGUGCCGCACAAGUUUUAAUUAAGUUUUGCUCUGAAACGUACCAAGUGCAAAAUAAUUUACAUUCAUAAGUCCACCACAGACUGAGGAGAAAAUUCUUUAAAAAGGUUAAACGCAUGGUUCUUCUGUCCCAUGUUUGUGAAUCUCCACACGGCCAGUUAAGUGGCAUGAACUGUAUUUUCUGCAGGUUGAGGAAUCACACACUUCGCAAGUAGUCUCUCGUGCUAACUCGUGAUGCGCAUAAAAAAUGCCAGUCUUUCAGAGUCCAGCAUUUAAAUGGCUUAUCCACAGUCCUUAGCAGUGACGAUUAGAAGCAUAAUUAUUAUAAUAACAUCAAAUAUACACUUUUAAAUUCCAUUGCUCUUUAUAAAUAUCAGGUUCGUCUAACACUGUCUACCAUUGGCCGAGAGCAGCAGUGAAAUAAUUGCAUUCAAAAUAAUAAAUUGGCUUAGAGUUAAAAUAAUGGGCAAAAGUUUAGGAGCACUUAAACGGCCAGAUUCCUGGCCCAUUAGUCUAGAGCUCACGUAGCGGCAGCGAAGUGGUCUCCACCUGGCUCUCGUAUCGUCUCUCUACAAGUCGUGAAGCUCGUCAUGCUACCCAGUCCAAGGCAGGACUCCGAAGUCCCUCAGCGAGGGCACACACUUGUGCGGCUUCAGCGCACUUCGCCUGCGAGUUCAGUCGCACAUCAGCUCCACCGCCGAAUGCAGCUCCUCGCAGUGGCCAGAAAACAAAACACCCUAACGUCCCGUAGUUACGGUACAUUGUGGUACAUGAGUACCAAAAGAGCCAACACAAACUAAAUUAUGAUAAAAAGGUAGUGCAGAGAAUAAUUCAGGGAUGUAGUUGAGGUGAACUUAAUGUAAAUAAAAUGCAAAGAGCAUGAAAAAUAAUUAAACUACCAAAUAAAUAUAAAGGCAUUUUGAGGUGGGGCUACAUUCCUCAAACUAAAUAUUUUAAUCUAAAACUAUUAAUCAUGAUUAAUGUACUAAUGAUUUUCAAAAUUUUGAUGCCAACAUAAAAUUUUGAAAUUCUGAGAAGAAUUGGUUUGUAAUAUAGAAGUAAGCCACUGCUUUAUUUGAAUAGUCUUUGGUCUUGUGCUUUAGUUUCUAGAACUUGUUACGGCUUAGAAACAGCUGAAAAUAUUGUGUUAUGGUGUGCAAAUUUAGUUGAAGUAGUAAAUAUUAAUUUAUAAAUAAUUGACUGAAAAUUAUCAAAUUUUUUUUAAUAGAAAACCAAAACACAAGAAAGUGGAGAAAAUUUGGGUCUGAAGAUCUAAAACAAGCAUGAACUCUUGUACUCUGAGACAAGUGGAUAGAGAUAGGUGUGUAUGUAUAAGUUUGUUUUCUGCAUGUGAGAGAACAAAAGCUGCUGAGUGUACAUUGGACAUGGCGCCAUUGUCGUAACACCUUUUGGUGGCAAAUACAUGCAAUCAUAUACUGCAUGCCUACCAUCAAGUCAAGGUUGCGGGUAGUCUCAGGUGUUGGACCAAAGAGAUGGUGUCAAUUAGUAGUGCACACGUUAUAAGUGUUCCUCUUGAGCUACAAGAGUUAUUUACAAUGGGCACUGUACUGAAGUCUUUCUGGGCAUAACUGUGCAACGUAAGAACCUAACCUCUAUCUUCAUCACACUUCUAUUUUACAACUAAGUCAUAAUUUGAGUUUAUCACUUGAGCAUCCCAAGCAAACAAUGAAAUGUUUUUUCUCUGAAAAAUUAUAUGUGAUAAAAAAAAUUUUGUCUGAAGAUUAUGUACUUGUACACAUAGUCUAAGAUCCGAACUAGAAACGACCUUCACACAUCUGUUUAAUGGAUGAAAAGUAUUUUAUAUCAAAUUUAAUAUAUUAGAAAAUAUAUCUCAAGUGGGUUGUCUAAAAAAUUCCUGGCCAGACCAUGAUUAAUUAAAAAUUGAAAAAUGACGUUUUAUUAAAUAUUGCACUGAUGUGUUUAACGAAUAAAUUUAAUGCCAACCGAAAGUAUGAAGCCUAUAGAAUAUACAAAUGUUGGGUUGUCUACUUUUUUCCUGGCGUAACUACUGGGUUGGCAGGUAUAAACAGGUAAAUCGAUAAUAGUUAUUUUCACCAAUCUGUUUAAUAAAUAAAUAUUAUAUCAAAAUGAGCGCUAUUUAAUUGCGAACACAAUGAUAUAGGGUUGUCUGUAAAAAGUCUGGCCUGAAUGACGGUUGUCGAGUUUUCAAAGGUGAAAAUUUUAUGCGUGUGGAAACUUGUGACAAAAAGGUCCGAGCCAAAUAUCCAGUGCUAUAGAAGAGGACGCAGUGUGAACACGUGUUACUGUUACUACGUAUAGUUGUUUAUUGACAAUUUAUUGUGUUAAAAAAUGCCUAAAUAGUGUUUCUUGUAUGACUAGGAUGAUUUGUUGAUUGACUUUAGUGAUGAAACUUUUAAAAAUAGUUUAUUGAAGUUAGCUCUUCGCAAAAAAAAAAGAUCUUUAAAUACAACGAAGUUGAGCUAGCUGAAGCAUCACUCGAUUUUUUUGGUUACCAUACCACGUGUUAUAAGAAGGGACUGUUUUGGGAAAUAAAUAUAAUGAAGAAUUUAGAAUUUUUAGCACAGAGAAUAGAGUAAUAGACGAUAAUUUCUCAACCAAAAAAAAUAAUAGUAGGAUGAAACCUGUUGAAAAAGGAAUAGAAUAUAACAAAAAUGAAAGGAAAAAUAAUUUAUGGGCGAUCUGAGGUCGGGAAGUGGAAGGGGGUGAGUUUUUAAGGGUAAAAAACGGUUUAUCUCGAUUUCCAGCAAAACUACAAGUCCUAUGGAAAAAAAUUAAAUGACAAAGUUGUAGGUAAUAAAAAGAUAUACAACUUUUGUUAUUACACUUUUUUCACAUAACCUCAAAAUUUAUGUGAAAAAUUCAAAUAAUGAAGUUUUAGGUUUUUCAUUUUUAUCUUAUACAAAAAAAAUUUUUUCACAAAAUUAGGUGGAAACUUACCUUUUUAUGUCCCAGAUUCAAUGUAAUUUUUUGAUUUGAAAUAUUUAUUUUUCACCUUAUUUUGACUUAAUAUUGAAAAAGCACCCUAAUUUUCAAUAGAAAUUUCUCGCGUCAAAACAUCCGCUUUUAAAAAAAUAAAGGUGGUGGCCUUAAUGUUCGUUGAAAUCAUUUCUUUCUGAUAAUGUAAAAAAAAUAUAUAGAUUACUAUGGUAAAUGUUCUCAGAAACUGCAAAGAAAAGAAAAAAACUCGAAUCCAAAUUUUUUUUUAAAUCACUAUGUACAAUUUUAAGCUGUUUAGUAAAAUUUACACUUUAAUUACUUGAAAAAUGUAAGAUUACAUAUUACAUUGAUAAAAAAAGAAAUUGCAAAUCCAUGAAUCAUAAAGAUUGCAAGAAACAUGCGAAAAUAGUUGUUCUAAAUAUUAAAGAUAGGAUUUAAAGGGGAUUUCAAUUAAAAAAUGUGAUUGCUGCAAUUUUUUUCAGUAAAAAGGUGAUUUAUUAAAUUCUAAUUACAUUUAUGUCAUAGAAAAUAUCAUAAUAUAUGAAUAGAAAUGUAAAUUGUACUAUUGAAUUUAGAUAUUUUAUACUGAUUAUGUUAUUCAUUAUAAUAGUUUCAAAUACAUUAAUCUUGUUAUUUAUAAAUCUUAUCUUGAAUUCUAAUCUCUUAUCCAUUACUUUUUGUCUCUUUGAUGGAAUUUCUUCAUCGUUAGAUUCGACAAACCUUCCCGAUUCUAGUAGAUCUUCGAAAUCUUCAAGACCAUCACCGUCUUCGUAUCCAAUAUUAUUUUUAGUCUGAAUUGGUUAUUCAUCCACAAUUUCAUCUGAAUCACUAACUUCCUCGUAGGUUUUUUCUUCCACAUUGGUGCAUUUUUCAGAACCAUGACAAUUUGAGCAUAAAUUUGUGCAUUUUAAACCAUGUUUUCGGCAGCCACAUUUUAAACUGUUAUAUCCAGUUUCACAGCUGCAGCAAAUAGUUUUGAGCAAUAUUUACUAAAUUUAUUCCUUUUCUGUAAAUUUGGGCAUAAUGCCCCGUUGUUGUUGCUACCUACCCCAAUCUGUUGCUGUCAGUUCGUUACCCAGCCAAGUGGGUGGGAGAUUUGCCAAUAUGAAAGAUGAUUUAAUUUUUGCCAAUUGAUAUUUUCGAAAUCUUAAUUGAUUCAGUGUUUAUUAUCAUUUUUACAUUUAUAAAUAUAUUUGAUUAAUUGUAAUCCAUUUUUUUAUAUCUUUUUUGUUUGCAUCUUUUUAUAAAAAAUAUUGGCCAAAUUUGACAAAUUUUUAUUGUCUAAUAAUGAAUUUACAAUACUCUUCUUUCCUUUUCCUGCAAAUCCAGAUGUAUCACAACCAGAAAAACAAUGCAGAAAUGCAACUAUAUUUUUGAAGGAUUCAUAUUUGAAACUAUUAGACGUGAAAAAUAGAUAUUUUACAUUUCCAGAACCUGGCUUGAGAUAAUAAAUGCCAUUAUUAUUUGAAUUUAAUUGUUUCAAAAGGACCAAAAGAUCAAUAUCUUGACCCACAAUGACAGUUUUAUUAGUAUCUCUGACAAUUUCUAUCGAGGUCUUAAUUAUGUCAGCAUCAUCUUCUACUUGUUUACAGGAAAAUCCUUGUGACUGUAAUCUUUUCAUUAACGUUUUUAUUAAUUUGUCCUUGUUUUUCUCGUUAGAUAAAAAUUUUUCUUGCAGAAAUGGUAUUUUUGUAUGGUUUUGAUAAUUGAACUCUGGAAUAUUGUCUAAGGUUUUUCUACGACUACGUUCUCCUUUUUUAUUUGAAUUAGCUGCUGGUACUGCUGUCACAGUAAGUGAUUUUUUAACGAUAUAGCUGCUUGCUGCGUAAUGUUUUUCUACAUAGCGAAAAUAUUUAUUUAUAAUCUCUUCCACCGUCGACGACAUGCACAAUGCCGUCAGAUUGCGUUGGUCCAUUCACACUCACAAAUAAUUCGUAAAUUUGAGAUUUAACAUUUUUCCUGAGGCUAUUUUCUGUAAAAAGUGACCAUGGAUAAGGUGCAAGCUCGUAUUGUAAAUAAGUUUCAUAUCUUUUUUACUGUCAAUUGUUAACGAAUUUCUUUGAAAUAUCAAUAAUGGAUUUAUGGCUAUAAUAUCUUUAAAAAAAUAUAUAUAUUUUGGAUUGGAGUUUUUUUCUUUUCUUUGCAGUUUCUGAGAACAUUUACCAUAGUUAUGUAUAUAUUUUUUUACAUUAUCAUAAAGAAGAGAUUUCCUCGAACAAAAAGGCCACCGACUUUUUUAAAAAAGCUGAUAUUUCGACGCGAGAAAUUUCUAUUGAAAAUUAGGGUGCUUUUACGAUAUUAAUUCAAAAUAAGGUGAAAAAAUAAAUAUUUCAAAUAAAAAAAAUGAUAGUGUGUUUGGGACAUAAAAAGGUAAGUUUUCACCAAAUUUCGUGAAAAAAAAUUUUUUUUUGUGUAAGAUAAAAAUGAAAAACCAAAAACUUGAUUAUUUGAAUUUUUCACAUAAAUUUUGAGGUUAUGUGAAAAAAUUGUAAUCACAAAAGUUGUAUAUCUUUUUAUUGCAUACAACUUUGUCAUUUAAUUUUUUUUUUAUAGGACUUGUAGUUUUGCCGCAAAUCGAGAUAAUCCGUUUUUUACCCUUAAAAACUCACCCCCUUCCACUUCCCAAACUCACAUCGCCCGUAAAUUAUUUUUCCUUUCAUUUUUGUUAUAUUCUCUUCCUUUUUCAACGGGUUUCAUCCUACUAUAUAUAUAUUUUUUUGUUUUUUAUCAUUUUCAAAGGCUAGCCCUGGUCUAUAUUCUUCAAAAUUAUUAUAUAAUAUUAAAUAUUUCUUCUAUAUUUACUUUAUAAUGAAAGAAUAUAACAAUGGAAAAUGUGCUAUUCUUACGCUGAUUAAAUUACUUUCAAUUGAAGUAAUUAUUACCAAAAAUAAUUUUUUGUUUUUACACUUACGGUUAUUUUUCAUUUUCCAGAUUUUUAUAUUUUUUUUAUUAUUUCUUCAAAGAAUUUUUGGUUAGCAAAUAAGCCAAAGAAAUUAUAAUUUUUGCAACUUUCUGGAACAGUAUUUAAGACAAUAUUUUCAUUUAACGAUGUAAAUGAAACAUCUCAUAAAAAUUAUGUCUUAAGCAUGUUUAUUUCAUAAUAAAAAAUUACUUCUAAGAGCACGUCAAAACUUCAGUCGCUGAUGAAGGAACAAAAUGUCUAGAUUCUAGUAUCCGUUCCCAACAGGAUUUAUUGGGAACAAAACACCAAUGAAAAUACAAGACAUUACGGAAAAUGAAGACGAUUGUACCAAGUUUGAGGAUCAACAUUUCACUUCUGAUGAAUUAGAUACGGAAUAAUAAUUGGUAAUUGUAACUUUUUUCAAUAAUAAAAUUUUUGUAUUAAUUGUUCACAUUAUUUUAGGUUAUAUUUUAGGUUAUUAACUACUCCAAAAAAAUGCUCAGUAUUUAUUUAUGUAUCGUUAUCCUUCUCUUUUGCACAAUAAUAGCAUACGCACCUCUUUCAUUCAGCUGUCUCGUCGCACGCAGCUGUAAUGUAGUGUCCUCUUAGCUCGGACCUCUUUGUUGCAACUUUCAGCUGGCGGUCACGUCACUCUCAGCUACAACGCUGUGUCCGCCUCUAUCGCACGGGAUAUUUGGCUCGGACCUCUUUGUCACAAGUUUCCACAUGCAUAAAAUUUUCACCUUUCAAAACUCGACAACCGUCAUUCAGGCCAGACUUUUUACAGACAACCCUACAUCAUUGUGUUCGUAAUUAAAUAGCGCUCAUUUUAAUAUAAGAUUUAUUUAUUAAACAGAUUGGUGAAAAUAACUAUUAUCGAUUUACCUGUUUAUACCUGCCAACCCAGUAGUUACGCCAGGAAAAAAAUAGACAACCCAAUGUUUGUAUAUUGUAUAGGCUUCAUACCUACUUUCGGUUGGUAUUAAAUAUAUUCGUUAAACUCAUCAGUGCAAUAUUUAAUAAAAAGUCCUUUUUCAAUUUUUAUUUAAUCAUGCUCUGGCCAGGAAUUUUUUAGACAACCCACUCGAGAUAUAUUUUCUAAUAUAUUAAAUUUGAUAUAAAAUACUUUUCAUCCAUUAAACAGAUGGGUGAAGGUCGUUUCUAGUGCUGAUCCUCUAUUAACAAGUGAAUUAAGUUAUUGUCAACACAGCCUGAGUCGCCAAUAGUCCUUUGGUUUGUAAUGUGAAUUAUGUUUGAAGAAGAAAUAUUUCUGCCAUGUCAUAAAGAAAAAUUUGACAUGGAUGCACUGGUGUAAAUGCAUUUUUAAUAAAUAAUUUUCUCAGUUGAAAAUAAGAUAUUGCUGACAUAAUGUAAAUUUACAGUUAUAUUUGUUAUUAAUUUUAAUUUAUUUUAAAUUGGAAGUUUAGCUUAAAAACUAGGGUAUGUUUUCUACAAGAUUGUGCAAGUUUUUUGUUUUCUAUCCCACUAAUAAUUUGACACAGUUAUACAACACUAAUUUUACUUAUUUUUCAGCAAAUAAUUGUGCACACUAUGAUGGUAAUAUUCGGAGGACUGCCAUUUUGUUUCUGGUGUUGCCGGCAACGUGAAAUUAAAUCAUUGCCAACUGCUAUUUCUCUAUUGGUUCUGCACACAGAUUUAAUUUAUUUUUCCUGCUCGUACAAAAGUGAUUAUUUUAUUAGAAAAUUAUUGUGGCCUGUUAGAAAUUUCAGAAAUAUGUGUAACUCCUAUUAUAAAAUAUAAGUAAUAGUACAAAUUUUAUUAUAGCAAAGUAUGAGUAUAAGGGUAUACCGACAUCCUAUACUGAUUUUAUUUUAUCUGUAUGUGUUACAGAGUCUUAAUAGGCACAUUUGCCUAAUGUAGAUUAUGUAAUAUUGUAAAAUAGCAUUCAAUGACUUUAUUUGCACAUGUUUCAUCUUGUAAGUCUUCCUUGUUAUGAUUGCGUAUUGUACCACAAUGCACUUUGGCUUUCUAUCUCUACUAAAAAGUAAAUAUGCAUUUAAAUUAUUGCAUUAUUGCUUUAUAAUGCACCUAGUUUGAUGCAGUGUAAGUAUUUUGCAGUGAAAAAUAGAUUACAGCAAUGGUGUUUCAAAAUUACAGGCAAAAUGAAUGUUUUUAACCCCCUACCCUUCAUUUUCAUUCUAAAAGGAUGGCAGUAACCAGUCUCACAAAUUUUUUAUUUUACUUUUACUACGAAUUAUUAAAAUAAUUUGUCACUAAAUCCUUUGUGUGAUCAAUUUAACUAAGAAUUAGAUCUUCAUAUGCCCAUAUUUCCCUAAACAUUACUGAAAAAAAAUUGCAACUUGUUUUGGACUUUAUUCUCUUGAGUGAUGGCCAAAAUAUUAAUGCUUAUUAUUCUGAUUUAAUUGCUAUCAUCAAAAGUAGUUUAAUCUGCAAGUAUUUUGAUAUGUACGAAAAUCUACACAAGGCAUUACAUUUUGAUCCGUGUUUGAUAAAAAAAAUUUUGAUACUUGGUACUUCAACUUUUUACGUGUACUGGAAAUGCACGAGACAAGAAAUGGCACUGGAUGUCUGUUAGUAGUGGAACACUAGUGGGAUGUGGGAACAACAGUGACUGACUUUAUUUGACUGAAAGACUGUGAGGGGCAUCAUUGAUCAGGAGAGGUAACUUUGCAGGAAUGUAUGGUAGUGUCACUUGAGGAAACAGCUUUUCUAGUCGAUGGUGUGUUGCGAUAGUGGCUAUCAUUUUGGGACUGCUGGUUCAGGUCGCUGGUACCAUGCCUGAAGUAGCACCUCCACGGUUUUACCUGCAUUUAACUGAAAAUGUUCAGUGUCAAAAUAUUUCAUAAAAUAACUAUUGAGAGUUUUCCUGCUGUUAUGGUUUGUAUGUUUUAACCUGGCGUAACUAAUUUCAGGCAAUCAUGGCCCCUCAGUAGUACAGUAACUUGCAUUCUAAUUGGCACUGUGUAAUGUGUAAAAAAAAAUCCCUCACCGACCGUAGCCAAUUAUAAAAGAAAUUGUACAAAGCAUUAACUUAGGUUGUCUAUCUCCAGUAACAGUACAAUUUUCCCACGAACUACAGGUAUGUAAUUUUAGUUUCCCUGUAUUCUGUGCUUCUAUUUAUGUAUUAAAUAUGUACUUUAUGUGUUUGUUUGGACUGAAUCUCUUCUUGCACAUUGUAUGUACGUGUUCUUGUGCUCCGAGGGAAGCAGAAGUCGGAACUGAAGGAUCCAUUCUGUAAUUACAGCACGAAAAGAUGUGGCAUGGAGCAAAGUUCAUUUUUCUGUCACCCUGUGAAAGAUAGUAUGUAUGACGACUCUCUCUGCUUUUAGGUAAUCAAGGAAAUUAUUUUUUGUUUGUAGAGAACAGUAAUGUGAAUUUUAUUUUGUGUUCAUGAAAUGUUUCUUGCAAAUUAUUUUUGUUGUAAAUAUUUUAUUAGUUUUAAUAAGAGAAUUUAAAUUAUAGUACACUUGAUUUUCUAAGAAAGUGAGCAUAAUUGUAUGCUCAGUAUAUUAUGCAUGAUUUGAUGUGACAAAAUAAAUAUAUAUUGUAUUAAGAAAA